GUGCUUCUUUACUUAGAAUUUGCAAUCUAUUCUUCAAAGAACUUGAGUUAGCUAGUUCCAAAUUCACAUCACUUCCUAUAAUCUCAUCACUUUUCCAUCACCUCGAUCACUCACUUCUCUCUGCCACCAUCGCAAGAGGCAAGGUGGAAGAAACUCUGCGACACCAUCGCAAGAGGCAAAGUCCCCAGCUUCGAUCACUCACUUCUCUCUGCCACCAUCAUCAUGGAAAAAGGGUCAUAGAAAUCUUGCGAGUGAUUGAGAUCUUAUAAUAUGGAUAGCCAAAAGAAAGGUAAUGCAGUUGACAGCUGCAGUAGUUCCUCUUCUUCGCCGAGAAAGAUGCAACAAAAUGAUACUAGAGCAGAGUCCCUGAGUGAAGACAUCAUCUUUUUUGAUAUCUUGACUAGGCUUCCUGGUACUUUUCUCCAUAGAAAUGCAAAGUUUGUUUGCAAAGCUUGGGCUGCGAUAAUGGGUAACUCGCAAUUUGUUGAGGCACAUCUCCGUCGUGCAAAACCUGGUAUUUUCCUUCAAAGCACAAUACAUCCCUAUGGUGCCCGUUUCCUUGAGAUCAAAGACAAUGGAGGUUUGAGAAUCACUGAAUUAAAUCCUCAAUAUCCAGGGAGAAUUUUGAACAGUUGUGAUGGUCUAGCACUGUUUUUCCAAUAUGCUACAGGAGCUCUUCAUGUUGCCAACCCUGUUACAAUGCAGGUUACAAGAGUUCCUGAUCUACUUGGAGCUAGGCUGAUGUACCCUCCAUGUGCAAUAGCUCGCGUUCCUUCCACUGGCGAGUUUAAGUUAUUUGCUGCUAUUGCACAAAAAUAUUCAGGAGUUUUUGUUUGCCACUGGUAUGUGUUAAGACUCGGAAUAGAUUGUGUCUGGAGAAAAUUUUUGACAGAUUCUGGUGAUUAUGAUUUUACAUGCUCUCCAAUUUACAAUGGAGCUUAUGAUCUCUACUGGACAACGAAGAAUAGAGUGAUUGUGAUGGAUAUUGAUAAGGAAACAUUCCGACCAUUUCUGCUUCCUCAAGAGCUAAGGUGGCAUCCACAGUACCUGAAGAUGGGUGACUGUCUCUCUGCCAUUAUCUUUCUUGAGCAAGGAUUUCAAAUACACACUUUUGAUGCACAGUCAGGGAAAUGGACUUUCUAUCACCAUAUAGGACAUCUCAAUUAUCCCACCACAGGCUCUGAUGUGUUAUGUGAGUUUUUCUGUGCUUGGAUGAACCAAGAGUUGAUUAUUAAACCAAUAGCUAUACCUUCUCCGGGGACUUUAAUUUCUGGUUACAACGUGAAGACAAGAAGUCUGUGGACGAUGAAUUACAGAGAGAUGGGUUCACAUCACUUGGAGCUUCAUACUAUUAGUCUGAUUUCAUGGAAAAGUGCUCUGUCAUAAUAAUUAAGCUCAUAGAUUAGUAAUUCAUCCAAUAAAUGUAGUUGGCUUAUGGUGGUUCUCAAACUCUUGUUUUUCCAAUAUACAUUGUGGUUUUUAAUUGUGUGAACGAGACGACAGAUUAUAUUCCAACAUUGCAUUUAGGGAUAAGCCUUGGAAGCAUAGCAUCCUACUCCUACCUAUGGAUAUCAAACAAACUUGUUAGUAGGAUUUGGAACACCAAUGAACCAUUGCUUGUGAACUCUGAAAUUGGUCUGGUAUGAGGUUGCAACUCACAGCAAUUUGUCAGUGAUAAGAAAACCAUUGUUUUCUUGUUAGUAUAAUGUCUCUUGUUUUGAUAAGAAAUCUGUUAUCCUGUUCGAAGUCCUUCUCAAUUGCUUUUGUAUUCACUAACCCCUAGUGUAGCAUCCAAUAUGAUUGUUUCAAUUUCUCCUGAAUUAUUUUUAAAUGCACAUUCGUAUUGGAAAUGCUUAUGAGUUAUCUGAAUUUUGAGGUGAAUUAUUUGCUCACGGAAAAUGAUUCUUUGUCUC